AUGAGCCUGAAAGAACAAAUUGAAAAGCUGCAAAAUCCAGCACCUCUGUUUGAUCCUGAAGAAGACUACUGGAACGAGAGUUCAGCAGCCAAGUUGUGCCAUGCAAGUGAUCCCAGUGGUGAUCACGAUGGCAACGGCGAUGAAGGAUUAGCAGCUAGCAGAUUGAUCAAAUCGAAAAAAGGACCGGGCAAUGUUGCUUUUCUUGACCAGAUCGAUAAAAAGUAUCAAGGAAGUACUGUCAGUAGGAAUGAUAUUCAUCGGCAAAGGGAAGAGUAUACAGACGAAGAUGAGGAAUCGCUAAGUGAGAGUGAGCAAGAUUCUGAAUUACAGUCCAGCCUGGAUGGCGAUAGCGAUCAAGACUUGAGUCAAAGUGGUAAUUCAAAUAUCGACUGUGCACUAGUGUGUAGUUGUAAACUUGACGUUAAUAAUGAUGAAAGUAAUGAGCUGAUGAAUUUACAAACUGCGAACGAUGAUCAAGAUGAAGACUCUGCACAGGGUGCUAGUGAAGAAGAUGAAAAUGUAAGCGAAAGGGGUGAUGAGGAGGCAGUAGAUACGUCAGAAGAAGAUGACGAUGAGAUACAAAAUUUUACUCAGGGAGAUGCUGAUGGAGAGAUCGAAAAGGGGGAAGCGACCAAGGCUCAGCUACAAUUAUGGGAUUGUUUCAUGGAUUGGCGAAUUCAGAUGCAAUCAGUAGUACAAGUAGCCAAUCAGUUACCACAAUUUCAUAUACAUUCCAAUUUUAUUGAGUGUGGUGGUAAAACAUUCCAAACAGCAUUGCAUAAAUGCAAGUCGUCAGUUGCAAGCCUACUAAGCGAGUUGUUGGUGCUACAAGAACAGUUAAUGCAGCAGUAUCCAGAAACCCGACAGCUGCUAUUAAACUCUUCUAACAAGGCGCUUGCUGAGUCGGGAGACGUUAAAGAUAGUGAUGAUGACGAUGAAAUUCCUAGUGAUGAUGAAACCGUUCAUGGGAUUAAAAGCGUUGCUAAAAAUUCUGAAGAAUGUUCUUCGAGUGAAAUGAAGGAAGAAGAAUCCGAUAGUGACAACUCGAUAAAAGAAGAUAAACGAAAAUCCAGAAAGAGGAGAUUUCAGGGAAAUUACGAUGAAGUAAUAGAUAAAAGAGCUUCGAUAUUAAAUAAAUUUAGAGGUACUGCUAUUAAAAAAUGGAGCGAUAGAACUCAAAUCGCUUUUGGGAAAUUGAAUAGCAAGAAAUUUAGUGAUCUUGAUCAGUCAGUUCCGCAGCAAAUUCAAAAGAUAUUGUCUGAUAAAGAAAGACUUAUUAAACGGACUCAGUUAAGGCGCAUACCAAUUCGAGCUUUAGGAAAUCUUGAGAACAAUGAUUCCCGGGAUAAAGAUGCUCGUGAUUCCCAUUUAAAAGAUUACGAUCCAGAAAUAUUUGAUGAUAGUGAUUUUUACCAUCAACUUUUACGAGAACUUAUUGAAUACAAGUCCACAUUUAAUAAAGAUUCGGAUCCACUAGCAAUGGGAAGGCAAUGGUUACAAUUUCAACAGCUAAGAAGUAAAGUAAAGCGUAAAGUGGAUACCAAAGCUAGCAAAGGCAGAAAAUUAAGAUAUGAUGUUCACGAUAAGUUGAUAAGUUUCGCGGCGCCAAUGAGGCAAGGAACGUGGACAGACACAGCUAGGAAUAAUCUGUGCGCUAGCUUGUUUGGUAAACAAGGUACAAAGCAUAAAUCAGCUUCAAAUGACUUGGAUGGUGAUAUUGUUCUCUUUAGAUAA